UCAGUCCCAAACACUACCACUAGUAGGAAAGCAAAAUUACAUGUAUUGGUGUUUCUUCUUAAUUCUUAAGUAGCUCUUAACUUUCUAUAUAUUUAACUUUUACAAGAAUACAUACCAAAAUGGCCAUCAGAAAAUCAACAAGCAGCCCACAAGUUGUACUUUUUAAGAAAAUUAAGAAAAGGUAUUCGAGUUUGGGUAAGAAGCAUUGCUAUGAUGAUGAAGAUCACCUUCCCCUUGACGUACCUAAAGGACAUUUUGCAGUUUACGUGGGAGAGAAUCGAAUUCGAUAUAUUGUACCUAUUUCAUUGCUGACUCAUCCUGAUUUUCAAUGCCUCCUUAGACAAGCUGAGGAAGAAUUUGGCUUUGAUCAUGACAUGGGAAUUACAAUUCCCUGCGAAGAAAUUGUUUUCGGCUCAUUAAUGUCUAUGCUUACGUAA